ACCAGGCCCAGGGAAAGACCUGUGUGUGCGCAUGGUGCCAUUUUGCCCCAUGGCUGAAGAUGGUUUGCCAAAAAUUUAUUCUCAUCCUCCAACAGAAAGCAGCAAAACAACAACCGAAGCAACCAUUUUAUUUGGGGCUGACAACACUACUCCUAAAUCAGAAACAACCAUUACUUCAGAAGGAGACCACAUCACUUCAGUAAAUGACUAUACACUAGAAAGUGAUUUUUCAACAACAGGUGACAAGUUUACAUCUCCAAAGGAAAAACUAAAAUCAGAAGAUGAUGCUGAGUUUCAACUUAUUAAGUCAUCAACACAUCUGGAGAAAGAAAUUACUACUCUGAUGGGCACAAGAAACUCCAUGGCUAAUGACUCUAUUACUGAAAACUUCAUUCCAGUGAAAAUUGGUAAUAUUUCAUCACCUAGUGCUACUGUUUCUUUAAUAGAUUUUUCCACUAACAUGGCAAAAGAGGAUAUUCUCUUUGAUACCACUGGCCCAGGGAAUGAAGAUGUCUCUAUAACUUCUGAAGUCUCUAGCACACUGAAGGAUGGCACCACCAGCACUGUGGACAACCCUGCCCUUCCAGCUAAGAAGGAUGAACCCAAUGUUAACAAUUACAGUUCCUCAAUUAAAUCCAAUGUCACUGCUAAGGAGGCUGUCCAAAUUACCAACUCGUCUAUUCCUGAGAAUGAAAUCUCUCCUGCUACUGAAAAACACUUCACCACUAUUCCAGACAUAGCUGCCCUUACAGAAGAGAAAAUGACUGAAAUUGACCUAAAUAUUCCAGAGGAUGACCCCAAUGCUGUGCCUAAACUAACAGACUCUGAUGAGGAAAAGUUCAUCACUGUGUUUGAGCUCACUACCACUGUCGAAAGGGACAAAGAUAACCCAGAAGAUAUUCUGCUAACUGAUGAAGAGUCUAUGGAUGAAGUCAAUGUUUGGAUGGAGAGAGAUAUUACUAAUGAAGCAGAAAGCCAUCCCAUUUUGCUUACUGCUAUUGAAUCCAGAUAUGACUUUGUAGUCCCUACAUCAGUAGAUGUGAACCUCACGGAAGAUUCAUCUUUUACAACAAAAGAAGAUCUGUCUGAAAAUAAUACAGUGGAAUCUGUAACUAAGGACAGUGAGCCACUUUCAAGAGCUACCUCUGAUCUAGAUACACUAACCCGUGAGGACGAUGCUGUUACAACUGAAAUGGGUGUCUUUAAGCUACUGAAAGAAGAACCAGAUGAGUUCCUGAUUUGAAAGCAACAAAACAGAUGCAACAUGGACUUGAAUAAUAGCCUGACCAACUAGUUUUGACAUCUAAGAAGUUUGUCCAACAAGCAAAAAUCUUAAUAAGUUAAAGAAUGUGAGCAUU